ACUCGACAGAAUUGUUGUGGAUUUUGGGCAUGACCGAUAACUUUGGCUGUAGGUUACGUUUGUUCAUUAUUCCCCACUUCUCCUCGCUUUCCCUAUUUUCUUCUGUUUUUCCUUUCUUCUCCGGCGAGGUAACUUUCGCCGUUCGUGCUGCACUGAGUAGCUGACCGGCGCUCGUCCUGCUCUCCAAAUCCCCACGCCAGUGACGAUCUGUGCUCCAAAACCAAACUCCACCGACUCCACAUCACAACAUCGGCCAGAGGAGCUACCCGCAGCCGCCGCUUUCCCUGGAAAUCGGCACACCGUCCAUGGCUAACAUGGAAAUAGCUACUCUACCUCCGAGCACGAUUGUACCAGAAGUUCUUAAAAAGGAUAAUUAUGAAAGGUGGAGCAUUUUAAUAAAACACUACUUAGUGGCUCAAGAUGUUUGGGAUGUUGUUGAUCCAAACCAGAGGACUGAAGAAAUGAAUGAGAGGGUGCGGAUCAAAAAGAAUGCUUUAGCUCUACAUGCCAUUAAGAUUUCAUGUGGAGCAAAGGCGUUUGAUCUAAUAAAGGACAUACAGUCAGCCGGAGAUGCUUGGCAGGCAUUACUCGAUAUGUCGAAUGUCUCAGACAUCCCCAGGCGCCCGGAAUUUGUCCCUCCGCACAUGCCCACGCACGAGGAUGAAGGUUUUAUUUCAUCUCUCUCUAUUUUUUUGGCCAAAAUUCAUCUAUCUGUUUGAGUUCGCUAUUAUUUCAGCAUUUGUUAUUAUAGAGAGACUGCUGAACGGUUAACUUUUUAGAGGUCCUGGUUUAGAUCUAGCUAAUGUUGUGUUUAUUAAUUUUCGGAGCUUAGAUUGGUUUUUCUGAUUUUAAAUCUGGCAGCAGUCUUGGGCUUAAUUAGUUACGUUAUUCAUUCAAGUCGUGUGUCAGUGUGUGGUGUUGAGAUCGAUCUUUUGUUUGUAGCCUGCAGGAUUUGAUAGUAAGGAAGGCCAAUUGAAAAAGGUUUUCCUUCUAUUGCAUCUCAAAGAACGUUUCGCUGUUUCACCUUCUGCAGUCAGAACAAUUUUUUU